GCCGAGCAAGAGCCAGCGCGGCGAGGAGCCGCCGCCCGUCUACGUCAUCAGCAUGGACAUGCCGCAGCUGCAGUACACGCUGGAGUUUGUGGCCUGCUACAUCGGCGCCAUCUAUCGGCGUCAGUUCCGGAUGGAGAACUGCUCGGACACCUGCCGCUACAGGUUCGAGUGGAGCAACUCUCAGUACCUGACGUUCUCGCCGGCCGUCGGCCACCUGGCGCCGCGCGAGAUCAAGACCGUCACCGUGUCGUUCGUGGCGCAGGAGGCCAUCAACUUCGAGAAGGUGGUCCGAGCGCCGGUGGACAUCCCGCCGCCGCCCAGACGCGGCAAGGCCAAGGCUGAGCCGCCCAAGCCACCGGAGCACGUGGUAUCGUGUCAGGUGAUGGCCAUCACGUACCCGUUGGCCGAACCGGAGCUGCCGGAGCCAUGGGUGGUAAACCAAGAAAGCCCAUGA